UUGCUCAAUCGUCAGCACGCACGUUUCCCAGAAGGCGUAUCGCGUAUUGUACACAAUCAUCAUGGCGUCCCAGGACGGAAAUGAAGCUGUUGUGAUGGAAACAGAAGGCAGUCCCAAGAGAGAGGAGUCCAACUGUGCAAUCCUAGGAGACGGGGAUGCGGAAGCCAACGAGCAAGGCGGCCAGGAGGACGGGGGAGACAGCAGCGCUCAGUGCCAGGCCUCCGUCAGCAACGGGGGCGACACCGACGACGGAAAAGAAACGGUGGAUUUGAAAAUCAUUUGGAACAAAAAUAAGUAUGAUUUGAGAAUCCCUCUCGAUGGCACAGGAGCCAGUUUAAAAGAGAGGAUCCACUCACUCACAGGUCUUCCACCCUCUAUGCAAAAAGUGAUGUACAAGGGUCUCCUGCCUGAGGACAAAACCCUACGUGAAAUUAAAGUAACCAACGGGGCAAAAAUAAUGGUGGUAGGAUCAACGAUUAAUGAUGUUUUAGCGGUUAACACGCCUAAAGAAGUCAUUCAACAAGAAGUGAAAGCAGAGGAAAACAAAAAGGAACCUCUAUGCCAGCAAAAGCAACACAGAAAAGUGUUGGACAAAGGAAAACCGGAAGACAUAAUGCCCUCUGUAAAAGGAACAAAGGAACGCUUGCCGACGGUGCCUUUAUCUGGAAUGUACAACAAAUCAGGUGGGAAAGUGAGGUUAACGUUUAAACUGGAGCAGGAUCAACUCUGGAUCGGAACCAAGGAGAGAACCGAGAAGCUCCCCAUGGGCUCGAUCAAAAAUGUUGUCACUGAACCUAUUGAAGGACAUGAUGACUAUUACAUGAUGGCAUUUCAGCUUGGUCCAACAGAAGCAUCUUACUAUUGGGUUUACUGGGUUCCUGUGCAGUAUGUUGAUGCAAUCAAAGACACUGUCCUUGGAAAGUGGCAGUACUUUUGAGCGUGCCGCGCAGAGAACUUAGAUUUAAAAAACCAAAGGACAUUAGGAGAGACGACAACUGACCAACUGAGUCUGACCAUCCUGAAGAACUUUGACAGUGAAAAAAACUUUACAAAUUUAAAUUUAAAAAACCGACAACUUCAAAAAGGAAAAACAUUAUAUAUAACGCACACAUAGACUAUUGGAUGCCAGAAGAAUGCGUUAUCUGUCUUAGGUUUACUUUUCAAACCUUUUAAGUUGCAGUAUCGCCUCUUCAUCUUAUAAAUUGAAAGCAAACCUGAUUUAAACCAGUGAAACCAAUUGAACACAGUUUACUAACCCUGCAGCCAUGCUCAGAAAAUAAAGCCAUGAAUUGAAGGAAAUAAUAUCGAGAGAAAUGUGUAUGCAUUAUUUAAAGACAGACGUCUGUUCUUCAUUGAGACAGGGCUAUGCAAGAGAUACAAGCAAAGCAUGUUUGGAUCGCCGACUAAAGAGGUUUAUUGACCUUUAAAACUACAGAACCGCCCCUAGCUGGAAUUUUAUAUAUAUAUAUAUAUAUAUAUAUAUAUAUAUAUAUAUAUAUAUAUAUAUAUAUAUAUAUAUAUAUAUAUAUGACAAAGUUGCUUACGGUAAGAUUCAUAAGGAUCAAGGUAAUAUUGCUCAGCCCGGACUUUCUGGAUCUUAAUGAGCUGCUGUUUCUUUAAACCCAGCCACGUGGAUAGUAGUCAUCCUGCUUUGCUGCCUUAAAUAUUUUUCAUUGCAAAGAAUCCAAGGUGUUGCUUUUAGACUGAAGCAGCUGCAUGCCUGUCCCUCUCUCCUUUGUCUCCACAGUGGUUACACACAUUUUUGGGUUUGUAGAUUUGCUGUAGUAUGAAAUAUUGAAAUUACUUGAGAGCAGUGUGCACACUGCACCAUUUUAAUUCAACUAAUCUAUUAACUGAUGAAUGAAGCAUUAAGUCAUAAGAACAUAAAAACGAGGGCCCUUAAAUUGAAGCGGUUUCACAUAAAAAAGGUUUUCAAAAGCAUUCUGUUCUCAUUCAUAUUUUGUAUCUGCCAGUAAUAUACCUUGCCAAACACACUGGUGUACUGUAAUCCCAUCAUCAAUAAAUAUACUUUCAGUUUC